AGAGAUUAAACGCAUCGAUUUCCAGAAUGAUACUGGACAUCCGGAGCAUCCGAGGAGUAGGCUAAAAAUCAAGAUGACGGCAAGUCUGCGGACUUGUUUAAGGGCAUCCUGAAUUUUACAAGUGAUAACAUUAUUCCAGAAAGAUUUUGUCGUCGCGAGCAAUUCGAUUCGCGUUCUUGCAGUCUCGUCUAAUUAUUGACGGCUGGUAGUAAACUGUAGGAGGUGAAAAGAUACUUACUCGACGCCACGGCAGAACGACAUUUCGCGUCCCCGCAAUUUUCGGACGUGACGAUCGGCACGCACGACAAUCUGAAUCGCCGCGACGGCAUGGGUGCUUUCGCGAAAAUCGCGUCGAUGAUGAUUAUGACGGUGACGGAAUAGUCGGAGUGAUAUCAUCGAUAGGUGGCUUUUUGACUUUGAAGGUUACUAAUUGGCAAAUUGUUUCAUCGGUUUAACAGGCGUGAACGAUCUGUGUUGUGCACCCUACUUAUCAACAUCUUGAGAAGAAGCUAAGCAUGGCUUCGGCAAUACUGCAGAAAGCCAUAGAUCUCGUGACAAAGGCUACAGAGGAAGAUCGUAAUAAGAACUAUGAGGAAGCUCUCAGGUUGUACGAGCAUGGCGUUGAAUAUUUUUUGCAUUCAAUCAAAUAUGAGACGCAUGGAGACAAGGUGAAGGAAAGCAUAAGAGCAAAGUGUAUGCAGUAUUUAGAGAGAGCAGAAAAAUUAAAGGAAUAUUUGAAGAAAAACAAGAAAAAGCCAGUUAAGGCUGGAGCAGAUAAUUCUAAGACCGAGGAUAAAAAGAGCGACAGUGGUGACAGUGAUACUGAUAGUGAUCCUGAAAAAAAGAAAUUACAAAGCAAAUUGGAAGGUGUCAUAAUCAACGAAAACACAAACGUUAGGUGGAGCGACGUAAUUGGCCUUGAUGGAGCCAUAGAAGCUUUGAAAGAAGCCGUUAUUUUACCUAUGCAUUUUCCAUAUCUCUUUACUGGGAGACGCAUACCUUGGAAAGGUAUCUUGUUAUUCGGACCACCAGGGACUGGUAAAUCGUAUUUGGCAAAGGCAGUGGCGACGGAAGCAAAUCAAGCUACUUUUUUCUCUGCAUCAUCGUCAGAUUUAGUAAGCAAGUGGUUAGGAGAGUCAGAGAAGCUUGUAAAAAAUCUGUUCGAAUUAGCGCGGCAAAAGGAACGUAGCAUUAUAUUUAUUGAUGAAAUAGAUUCGCUUUGUUCAUCGCGUUCCGACAAUGAGUCAGAAUCGGCCAGGAGGAUAAAAACAGAAUUUUUAGUUCAAAUGCAAGGUGUAGGGAACAAUAAUGAGAAUAUACUUGUUCUGGGGGCGACCAACAUACCAUGGGUCUUGGACUCUGCAAUUAGACGAAGAUUCGAAAAAAGAAUUUAUAUUCCGUUGCCCGAGAAACAGGCGCGCGCUGCUAUGUUUAAGCUUCACCUGGGUAACACAUCACAUACUUUGACAGAGGAUGAUUUUAAGAAAUUGGCAGCUUCUACUGACGGUUAUUCGGGAGCCGAUAUAAGCAUCAUUGUACGGGACGCUCUAAUGCAGCCAAUUCGACAAGUACAAACGGCUACACACUUCAAACGUGUUAAAGGACCGUCGCCGAGAGAUCCUUCCGUUAUCGUUGAUGAUUUACUCACCCCAUGCUCUCCUGGUGAUCCAGCUGCCAUAGAGAUGAAUUGGAUGGAAGUAGAUGGGGAAAAAUUGUUCGAGCCAUCAGUUACCAUGAAAGAUAUGUUGAAAUCGUUAGCAACGACCCGUCCUACAGUUAAUGAAGAAGAUUUGACAAAGUUAGAGAAAUUUAAGGAAGAUUUUGGUCAAGAAGGUUGAGAGACUUUAUAUUCUCUCAUAAUUAAACAAAUUUAUAAUUCAACAAAUAUGUUUAGUUAUACAUGCUUGCCUUAUUCCUCUUACGAUAACACGCUUGAUAAUAUCUGUAUAAAUAUGUUAUAUUUGGAAACGAGCUUUUUUUUCCUUCGUCUCCUUGUUUAGAUCUCUUGUUUUUUUUAAAAAACGCAACAGCGGAUGCAAUCUUGUAAGCUUAUUGCUUAUUUACUUAGUGAACAAAAAUGAAACAUAACUUAUGAAAUAAACUAUAUAUUUUGAGAUAAAAAAAUUCUUAGACUUCUAUCAGUCAGAUAAGAGGUAGAUUAUUUUUUAUCGUAAAGUGUAAACUAGGAAAAAUAUUGGUGAUACAUUAUUUAUGAGGUAUAUGGCAAACUCUGUGUUUAAAAUAUUACUAUGUAAUCACUAUGAUAAGUACCUAACAAAUUAAUUGUUAAUCAUAGAUUUUAUAUAGUUACUUCCUAAUCACACCUUUAAUUAUAAUUUUAAACACUUGUGUAUUCUGUUGCUCGAUUAUCUCGAUUCGAGUGGACUUGACGCGAAAUCGUUUUGCGGAGUCGGAAUCGAAUCGUGGCCUAAUUAAAAACAAUUCACCUAACCGAAAUUGACUCCGGUCUAAUGGAGUAUUAAGUAUGUAACAUACAUAUUACUGAUAUACUCAGACUACUGUUUUCAUGUAAAUUGUUUUUAUUGUUAACUAAAUAAAUAACAAGCUGUAUAC